AUGGAAAGCAGCUCUGGGACAAACGCAGAACUGGAGGGUAGCACACUUGGCCGCAAGUCCAGGGAUGACAGUCAACCGAACCUAAGGGCGAGCAGAAAUCAGACAUCUGGAGGCUUUCUGCUUGACUCGGCCUAUUCCAGGAACUCGCGACAUGCACAUGCAGGGUCUGCUAGUCAAUACACGCAGCGAACGCAGGGUACGAAUAGCGAAAAGCGCCGUCACGCCGAUGAUGAACUUAUCGUCCCUAAGAAGAGAUCCCCAUCGUAUCGCGGGACACACGAACGAAGUAGGUCAUUGAGGGCGUCCCCCUUGGCUGCAGUGACAAAUAUAUCCGCGUCCGAAGGUCACGAUUCGUGUCAGAAUGAGUACGCAACUUCACGACACGCCUCCUCUCGCAAUUCGUAUUCUUCGAACGUCGGUUUAGAUACGGAUCCGGUACAAAUCGUCAACCUCGCGUUGAAUCUGAGCGAAUCGAGGAGGAGAACUACUGUUGGGCGCACACCGUCCAGCCCUUUGCCAGGCAUUCCCCGAAAUCCUUCCAACAACCAGGUGCUAUUCUCAACUUCCGACAAUGCUCAUAGGCCGCUGGCGGGAAACAAGGUUCAGCGACAUUCCAGCUUAUAUAUGCAAGACAAUAGACACGCUCGCAAUACACGGCCUCUUACACCACCGCUUGCACACGAGCCGUCAGCGAAUACCCAUGGCGCCGCCGCUGGGAUUGGGCCGAUUCUCGAUUUAAAAGACGUGGAAAUGGCAUGUUCACAAGCUACUUUGGUUAGGAUACAAAAAGCAAAACAACACUUCGAGCUGUUUUCCAAAUAUUUAGAAUUGUUGUCUUAUUUGCCUCCACUUAAAAACCAAGCUUACUCUGGUGCACGGCCAGCUGCUGGUAGGGCUUAUAAUCCUCUUCAAGCUAUUCGAAACCGGAAAACUCGUCUGAGGGAGAAAAAUGUUAUCAACCUUGAAUCAGAAGGCUGGCAGGACGUGUCGAGAGUUGGCAAUUGGCUCGGAUCAGUGGAAGCAACGCACGAGAAAGAUAGCGAAGAUCCAUAUGAAUGUUUAGCACUGCCGCCUUAUCCAAACAGUCAUCAUGAUGAUAGAAUGAUUGAACAGCAGGAGUUGUGGCAUACAAGAGCAACGUCACCUUCAUCAAGUGCGCGAGGGACGAAUCGGUCCGGAACCAAGAUUCAAAGACCACGCCUGGAGUGGGCCAUUUCACCGGCGGAGCUUCUUGCGGACGCUGUCUGGCUUGAAUAUGGCUCUAAUAAGGCCAAGGCGGUAGAUAGAGAUGGCGAAAAGCUAUAUCCAGAUCCUACAAAGCUCAAGCUUGCCCUGCCAGUCUCAUACGCGGGCCAUCCCGACUCGGCUUAUCAGAAUAGGCAUGCACUAGCAAAGGAGCCCACCACUCCCUCGGCUUUCAAUAAGACUGCACGGGAGACUAUUUCUGUCCAUGGAUACCAGUGGCCGAAAUCCCACAGCGCACAGUCUAUGUCGAACGAAGCUACUGGUAUUUUUGCUCCUAAGUGGACACGGUCAAAUAGUCUAUCAGAUGACUCAAGCAGUGAUGAUAUUAUUUCGCGAGGAAGAUCCCGGCGUGCAAAUAGAAGGAAGAAAAUAAAAUCAGAAGCUGCUAUGCAGGCCGAGAAACUGCAUAGAGUAUUGAAAGCACAUUCUGACUCGUCAAAUACAAAGUCGAGGCAUUCAAACUCAUUGUCGCAUCCGUCAUCGGCCAAGACCGGUAAAUUUGCAGACAAAACCAGUUUGUUGAUCUCUCCUGGAGGAAGUGUUACAGGCAAGGAAGAUCGUCGGAUGUCUGGGGAUGAAAUGGAUAGUACUGCGCCGAACUCGCCAAUGCAGGGGACUAUGUUUCCAAGCAUUACUGCUAAUUUAUCUCCACCUUCGAGUCGAUCACCGUCCCCUCGGAAGAAGUUGCCCCGUGUCAUUGAGUCCCUGCAAGAAAGGACUAGAUACCGUCGACACAGCCAUGUAGAACAAGGAGAAAGAUUAGACGAAAGUCCGUCGGAAUCUUCUCAGGCACGCAACAGGACAGCAGCGGAUUCUAUUCCAAAAGAAAACGAGAGCCCCAAGUUCCUUGAGCCAAGCCCUAUUCCUGAACCAUCUUACAGCCAGGAGGAUAUGUCACUCGAUGAUAUUCGAAGAUCGGAUGUCCCCAAGCCGUAUACGAGCCAUGAGUCAAGGCUCAAAGGUUUCUUGAAAAACAGUCGAAUCGCAGAAAUUGUGGGAAGCGAAGUGUCUAAAGUCGGAGACUUAAUACGCCGUAAAGAAGGGGGUGGUCAUUCCAGAUAUUCAUCCUACGCGUCGAGCACCGUAUCCGACGAUGGCCAAUCAGACGAAGAAGGAAGCGACGGCGAUGAAUCGAUUCCCAGCAAGCAAGCCUCACUUCGCAGAGGAAGCACGUUCUCCGAUGAUGAAUGGGGAUUUCCAUGGCGCAAGUCAAGUGGCCGGGCGCCCGCAAAGUCAUUUUCAAACAAUAUACCACCAAUCGGGCCUACCGAUAACCAGAACGAAUUGGCAGAGUCAGAUAGUUUGCAGCAGCAACGAUCGGAUGCCAGCCGGGUUAGCGACGUGCAUUUUGUGCCGGCUCACCCAAGGCUUGCGCCGAAAUUAGCCUCAUCCAUCGACACCACACCGUAUAGCGAACGGCGUGAUAGCUACGGAUUUAGAGCUUCUUCGAGGGAUCAGAGUCCAGAAGGCAGACCGAAGCUGCAAGCCGUUGGCAAUGAAAUCUCUACCCCAUCGAUCAGGAUACCUGGACCGCCAGUCACAGGAUUGGCAAACGCAGAAGCAUCAAGGACGAAGCGGCCUACACUAUCAACAGGAAGCCACGGGUGGACACUCUCUGAUCGCAGUAUCCCGACCGUAGACGACCCAAACAUUGUCGAGAAGCGUGAAGUACUACGAUACAAAGCCUUCCUACUAUCAUCCGGUAUCAAAGCGAGUGCGCUCGUUCAUCGAUUCGAAGAACCUCGCAACCACACCCCUCCACAGUUCCUCCUACAAAGCUUAGCCGACAAGGAUAAACCCUUGAUAAUCCCCCGUCUAUCCCGCAUCGACGAAUUCAACUACGCCGCACGCAACCUCCUCGAAAGACUCGAAACCACCAAAACCAACCUCAACAAAACCAUGUACCGCUUCUCCAAAUCAACUCUCCUCCCACUAGAACGCGAACUAGACAUCCUUGAAGACCUGAUCAACAACUCCCUCACCCCGCGCGUCCGCACCGCCGCCCGCGAAGCAGAAUCGCUAAGCACACAGCUAAACACCACCAGCACGCUGGCAAUCAAGCAACUCAGCGACACGCUUGACAAGGGCCUUCGGAAACGAAAUCGUCGACUCCGCUCUAUUCGACGUAUUGGCUUUAUGCUGCUAGAGUGGGUGCUUGUAGGUGGUAUGUGGUGGGUAUGGUUGAUUGUUAUGGUGUUCAAAGUCAUUCGGGGUAUUGGUAUGGGUGUGGUGAAGAGUAUACGAUGGGUUUUGUGGGUUUAG